AUGUUGUCCAAGGCUCUGAUUCUCAUCCUGCUCCUCAGUGCUCUGCUGGAGGUCCAUGCAGGGACCCGUUCCCGUUCCCACAGGAGUACACAGAGACCAGAGCUAUCCCUGGAAGUCAAGGUUUGUGAGAAACGGCCCAACUUUUAUCGGUGCAAAUACCACUGUGAAUCUCACAAAGACUGUCAAGCAAAUAACAUAUGUUGUUUAACCUUCUGUGGGAAUGUUUGCAUGAGCCUGCUGUGA